GGAAUUAAGAAAGGGAGAAAGUAAGAAAGUAAGUAAGAAAGAAAUACAUUAAAGUAGAAGGACGAGUGUAAAAUCAAGGCAGGGAAUGCUGGAACCGGGGCCGGCGGGGCUGCCGGACAUCUCUCCGGACAAGUACUGAAAAAUUGCCAUCGUUAUAAUUAUACUAGCACAUAAUUGCUAAGUCUGAAAAGUAGUCUAAGAAAACUUUAUCGUUUGUGUACGAGAAAAUCCUGUUCUGUGUCCCACAAAUCCUGCUGCAACAGACCUAUUUUAUGUAAUAUAAUUCAUUUUAUGUAAUAUUAUAAUUGUAUAUAACAUGUCAAAGAUGCCUCCUGAUACCAAAGCGCGACAAAUUGCUGUUAUGGGAUUCCGAUCAGUCGGGAAAUCUUCACUGACAAUUCAGUUUGUAGAAAAACAGUUUGUCGAUUUCUACGACCCCACAAUUGAAAACACAUUUGACAAGACGUUUAAGAUAAAUGGACAGCAAUAUCAGUUGAAAAUCAUCGAUACUGCAGGGCAAGAUGAGUACUCUAUCUUUCCACAAUCCUUAUCUGUCAACAUUCAUGGUUAUGUCCUCGUCUAUGCUGUCACAUCUGCUAAAAGCUUUGAAGUUAUACAAACUAUAUAUGACAAGCUUCUCGACAUGACAGGAAAAGUCAAUAUUCCACUGGUACUUGUUGGAAAUAAAAAAGAUCUUCAUUUGGAAAGAAUUAUAAGUACACAACAAGGCAAGCAGCUGGCUGAUUCAUGGGGUGCCACAUUCAUAGAAUCAUCAGCAAAGCAGAAUGAGAGUGUGGAGGAUAUAUUCAAAACGGUGCUGCAACUCAUAGAUGGGAACCCCCAAAUGAAAGAUGAAAAAUGUGUCAUCAUUUAAAGCCAUACGGACAGAAAUAUUACUCCUUUUGUUCCAGAAGACACCAACUUAUAACUCUUCCAUCGACUUGGAAAACCACACAUACAAGCAAAGUCAUUCAUGCAAAACUACUACUGGAAAUAUACAAGGCAGUGUGAGGAUGCCAUUGUUUUCUGGAAAGUAGUUUUAGACAGAACUUGCUUGUAGGAGUUACUGUGGUGCAACAGACCCUUCUCUUCUCUCCAAUAGAGUUAAACAAUGAGAAUGGGGCCGGAUAAAGAAGGAAAGCAGCAGCACUUUAAACCGUACCCAUUGAGAAAGAAUCUAUUAUCUAGAUUCGUUACAUAUCCCUGCUAUGAACCAUGGUUUGCUGAAGUCUAGUCGCAACAGGCCAGAGAAAAUGUGACACUGGUUUUCAUCAUGAUGAAGAAUACAAUUGGAAGUGAUGUGGAGUUAGUUUUUCAAUUUGAUGGUAAUGAUUGCAUUUGUCAUAUUGAUAACUAACUUUAUUUAAAUGUUAUCCACCAAUGCGCUUGUAUUGAUCUAUAAAUAGUAAAACUUCAUUAUCAAUACUUAUAUAUUUCACAUGAUAGUUGAAUAUAUAUACAGAAAGAGAAAGUCCUGAAAGUGGCUCAUAUGCAACUUGAUACGAUUGGUUUGAAUUGCUAUUGCCUUGCGUAACUUUGCCUUUAUAAUAAAAAAGCAUGUGAAGAUAUCACCAAGAAUAGUCUACACCAUUUUUGUCCAAGUUGUGCAAUAUCAAAUAGAUGGAUAGAUGAGAUAUGUCACACAACAAUAAGAGAAAUCUCCUUCCAAGGGAGUUGAAGAUUUUAUUAAACUUGAAAAAAAAUCAUGGAAUUGGGUAUCUUUUACUCGGAGCGACAGUAUGUAAUUUAAAAUGAGUGAAUUUAUCUGGUGAGUAUACCAAAGCUUUGCAAAGCAUAAAUCUUGUAUUACAAAGUUUUAUAAGUUGUACAUUAUUGUAAAAUGGCAAAGCUACUUGGAGCAAUGUGUGCAGUGAUGUUUGUCUCCAAGAUAAAGGAUUCAUGAUAUAUGACAUAUCUUUUGGAUUAGAUCAAGAAUUCUGAAUAUUGAAGAAAAAAAUAAUUGUAUGCAACUAAACUUCUUUGAAAGAAUUUUGGUGGUUUACCAUUUUUUUUCCCUCAUGUGUUCAUAAUUUUUAUAACUUUGUACGGUGAGGUUUACAAUAAGGAAGUGUCAAUGGGUUAUAUAUCCCAAACUUUAGUCAGGGUUGAAAUGUAAGCAUCGUUAAACUGUGCCAUGGCCUUUUAGGUACAUGUAGGUAGGUGAUCCUUGGUUAAUAUGAUAAAAUAGAACACUCUACUGCUCUAUUACCUUGGUUAAUAAAUUUAUAUUUACUUCAUGCAUCUAACAAUUUGUAUGACAUACUUCCCCCAGAUCAAUAUUUUGAAGACAGAUUGAAGUCUGCUCUGAAUUUUAAUCUUGUGCGCCUCGGAAUAGAAUAUUUUCUAGAUAGAUGGCGUUAUAUAAAUGCCUAUUAUUAUUAUUACUAUUAAUAUUUAUAGCUUUAAUGUCCUGGAUCUCCAAAGUUGAUAGAUUACUUAAUUGAGGUUUCUUGCAUCCUUGUUUCUGUAAUUAAUCUUCAAUCAUAAGGACCUGUGUUUAUCUGAAAUAUGAAUAACAGAUUUGAGAACAAGCUCAAAUUGAGUUCAAACAGAUCAAAACGAAAUGACUACCAAAAUGUUUGGACAUACUUGUAUAUUUGAAUAUUUCUGUACCAAAUGAUUCUGACAGAAACAAAUUGCUUUAGAGAAAUUAUUAUACAUGUAGCUGUCAUUUUAUGGAAUACAGAUUUUAAAAAAGUACCCACAGGCUUAUCGAGCGCUGUUAGUGAUCUUCAGCUUACAUGUACUUUUUUUUUUUACUCAAAUCGUGUCACAACUUACUACAUCUAGUUCUAUGAUGUGGUAUUAAAUAAUUGUCAUUGACUUUAAAAGACUUACUCUUGAAAUUAUUUUUCAGUGUAUAUAUUUGGUUUUGUAAUGUGAUCUCCUUAAAAUGCAGUACAUGCAAUAAGGGUUGUGGAUUUGCUGCAUCACAAUGAUUGGUGAUUUACUCUUUGAGGUCAUUAAAGUUGAGAUAAGAAGCCUGGUUGUUGUCGAUUCAAUGAGGGAAAAGGAUAAUGCAACCAUGCCAAGGGUAUGAUACAGAAGUCAUAACUUUAUAUCGUUUCAAUUUUAUGUUAGUGCAUUAAUUGAUAUGUAUAGUGAAAGUGAAAUGUCUUUUAGAAAAAUGUGAUCAUGGCAUUUUAUCUGGUUUUGGAUAUAGUUGCUCAACAUUAUUGAAUAACAAGCUUUAAGUACUGCCAAUGAAAGAUUCUAGUAAAAUAAACCUCAAUGAGUUAAGUCACAUGCUUUGAUAUGACUUCUUGUUUGGGGAAUUCCAUCAAUUUGAAUUAAGAAAAUAAUGACAAGGUAAGUCAUGCAAGGAAAGAAGAAUUGAUGGUCUGUCAGGUCGUGAAUGGUAUUGAUGUCAAUCUUAUAGUAAGUUAUUCAUAAGGGAGAUGGUUCUUCAAGGAGAUCAGAUGCACAGUGGGGGUCCUGUAAAAGAUUCAUGUUCUGUAAGACUAUAGCCUUAAAAACUUUAUUGAAAAUGAGAAUGUUUGGAUAAAAUCAGUUAUCCUUUUGUUCCUUGACAAAAUAUGUAUACAGUAAAGAGUAAAAAAUAAAAAUAAUGAGUUUUCAUUUUAUUGAUCUUUAUUAGCACAAUGUUACAUUUCUAGGUAUGACUAUUCCUGGGGGUGUUUCACAAAAAGGUUUAAGUCGUACUUAAAUGCCGACGCGUACAUGAUAUGCAACGCGCGAUCUUAUUGAUAGAUACGCAUUAGUGCGCGUCGAUCCUCAUGACACGAUCUGACCAAUGCGGUCAAGCCUUUCAUACCAUACGCAACUCGGUAUUUAAGUGUGACUCUAAGUCAUACUUAAAUACUUUGUGAAACACCCCCCAGAGGUAUCUCCAUGGUAAGACAGUGGUACAAGUAGAUCCAGCUGGGUUACAUACAAUACAAUAUUAUAAGUCAUCUUGUUUUUUUACGAUGGUAGGCCCAUGCCUAAUCCUGCUUGAUCCAUUCCUGGGAUAAGGAACCAGUGACUGGUUGAGCAGUUGACUAGAAGUAAUGUAAUUCAAUGGAUAGUGACAUUACUUUGCCUUCAAACAUUUUAUACUGCCACUUUGUUUUUAGCUCAUCCGAUGAGCUUUUUAUAUGCCGUGGCGUGGCGUCCGUCCACAAUUUCAAAAUGCUUCUUCUUCGCCAUUUCAAGUCCGAUUUCAAUUCUGUUUGCUUUAUAUGAUAGCACUAGGUGGGGGAUUAAAAACUUCUACACAGAAUUUUGAAACUCUUUAAAUAUGCUAAUUUAUUAGCAUUUUUCAAAAUUCCCAAAAUAUUCUUCAUUAUUUGUUGACAGAUUUUGAAUUUUUUGCUUCCAUCUGGUAGAGCUUCAUGAGGUUCACCAAACUUCUACACAAAAUUUUGAAAUUUGAAGUAGAAAAUUAUUUAUGCUAAUUUAUGCGAAAUUCAUAAAUCACAGAAAAUGCCUCUUCUUUAUUUUUGACUGAAUUUCAAAAUGCUUCUUCGUCAUUUCAAGUCUGAUUUCAAUUCUGUUUGCUUUAUAUGAUAGCACUAGGUGGGGAAUUCAAAACUUCUACACAGAAUUUUGAAACUCAUUAAAUAUGCUAAUUUAUGUGUAUUUUUAAAGAUUCACAUAAAAUGCUUCUUUUUUCUUUCAUCUGGUAGAACUCCAUGAGGUCCACCAAACUUCUACACAGAAUUUUGAAAUAGAAAAUUAUUUAUGCUAAUUUAUGCAAAAUUAUUCAUAAAUCACAGAAAAUGCCUCUUCUUUAUUUGUUGAUCGAUUUUUUUUCUUCCAUCUGGUAGAGCUCCAUGAGGUUCCCCAAACGUACACAAAAUUGUGAAAUUUUAUCUAGAAAAUGAUUUAUGCUAAUUUAUGCAGAAUUUAUUCAUAAAUCACAAAAAAAAAAUUUUCUCCUUCAUUUGUUGAUCAAUUUCAAUUUUGUUUGCUUUAUAUGAUAGCUCUAGGUGGUGAUACAAAAUUUCAACACAGAAUUUUGAAACUCAUUAAAUAUGCUAAUUUAUUCAUAUUUUCAAAACUCACAAAAAUACUUAUUUAUUUGUUGAUUGAUUUUGAUUAUUUUUGUUCCAUUUGAGAGCUACAUGAGGUUCACCAAGGUUCUACACAGAGUUUAGAAAUUUUGACUAGAAAAUUAUUUAUGCUCAACUUAUAUGAAAUUUAUUCAUAGAUCACAAAAAAUGCUUUUAUGUCAUUUCUUCAUCAAUUUCAAUUCUAUAUCCUCAAUUUAUGUCACCAAUAUAAUUCACUGGUGUCAACUGGGCUGAAAUUAAAAUUGUUGUAAAUUUUGUUGCGAGAUGCCGGAUGAGCUCCACAUCAUUGAUGUGCUAGUUUGAACCCCUCCUCCCCUAAAGGAAACAGAGUGAGAUUAAGGAAAGCUUAAAUAGUAGCUAAUGCAUAGCAACAAUAAGUAUUUGACCAGUGACAUUUUAUGCCUCCUCAUAAUUACAUUGCAGUUGUAACCAUAUUUUGUUAUGUUGAGAUGAAUAAGUUGUAUGCUUACAUCAUUCCAUCAGAUUUGUAUAUUAAACUCCAAUAUAAAGAUAAGAUUCGCUAGAGUUCACACUUUGGAUAUUUUACUAUACCAUGCGAGUCAAACAAAACUUGACACCUCACAAAGCCCCAAUUUAAGGAAAAAAUA